AUGGGGAACAGCCUACCACACUUGGUGGUUCUUCACCUACCAUCAAACUUGUUCAGUGGUAGCAUACCUUUUCAAUUAUGUCAUCUAACAUCUCUUCAGAUCUUGGACCUCUCUGACAACAACAUUACAGGGACUAUACCGCGAUGCCUGAGCAACCUCACUGCCAUGGCUCAAAAACAAAGUUCCAAUGUAAGCAUUGCUCAUGAAUAUAUCUCUUUUGAAUCCUAUAUUGGUACGGCUGUAGACCACUACAUUAACUCUAUAAUUGUGAUCUUCAAAGAAAAAUAUUUCGAGUAUGAUAAUAUUCUUGGGCUACUAAAGUUCAUCGAUCUUUCAAGUAACAAGUUAGAAGGAGGUAUUCCAAGAGAAAUCUCAAAGCUCUCAGGAUUGAUUGGCUUGAACAUGUCAAGAAACUUGUUGACUGGCAUUAUUCCUCAGAGCAUUGGUGGCUUGGAAAGCUUGAAUUUUCUAGACUCGUCGAUGAAUCAUCUUUCAGGAGCAAUCCCCCCAAAGUCUAGCUACUAUGAGCCCUCUGAACUACUUAAAUUUAUCAAACAACAACUUGUAACAGAGAUCUUUGUGGUUCUCCUCUCCCAAAAUGUCCGGGAGAUAAAGACAGAUCAAGGUCGGCGAAGUGGUGUCAACCAUAAAAAUGCCAAAAUCCAAGAACAUGCUUACUCCUAUGAGCAUCUAUGGUUUUAUACUAUUGCUGCACUCGGAUUCAUUGUUGGCUUUUGGGGAGUUUGUGGGUCGUUAUUGCUGAAGAAUUCUUGGAGGCAUACCUAUUUCCAAUACCUUGACAGUGUUGGAGAUCGAAUCUACGUAACAGUAGCUGUCAACAUAGCCAAAUUGCUGAGGAGCUUCAAGCCUCGGUGA